AUGGUUAUUGAAGUAAUAUUUCGAAAUAUCUUAAAAGAAGAGAAUGAAAAACAUGAAAAACUCUGCCAGGAGCGUGAACAAGAGCAGAAGAAGGCCAGCGUGCAAAGGGUUAAUCACAUCACCCAGCCGGAAGAAUCCCGCAAUGACCUCCAAGCUGGGCCGUUGUCUCCACCCACUCCAGCUCCUCCCCCUCCUCUUCCCCCCUCCCUGGCGGCUCCCAUCUCCAUCAUCCCCAUUCCGGUGGUCACCAGCCCCCCUCAGCCAGCCCCCCAAAGUAACUUGUCCCCCCCACUCAUCCAGCGGCACUCGCCCCUGGUAAACAUGGGCCUCAGCAAGGAGCCCCCGCUGAUGGCUCCUGUGAUCCAGAAGACUUCGGGGCCCCUUCUUCCUGACAUCAAGGCCCUCACGCCCCCUUCGGCCAGCCCCAGCCAGCUGCCCCACUACGCCACCUCUGUCUUGGCCAUUUCCCCACAUCACAUGGCCCAGCCGCCCAUCAAGCCCCAGCCGCCCACCCACCAGCCACUCCUCCCUCAUCACGUGCCUCCGCCACUCAAUGUCAAGGCAAACCCGUCAGAAGAGGGCAAGCCCAACGAGCAGAAGAAGAGACCUGGCGGGGUUGGCACCCGAGAAGUCCAUAACAAAUUGGAGAAGAACAGACGUGCCCACUUGAAAGAAUGUUUUGAGACCCUGAAGAAAAACAUCCCCAAUGUUGACGACAAGAAAACCUCAAACCUUAGCGUCCUAAGGAGUGCCUUGAGAUAUAUCCAGACCUUGAAACGCAAAGAGAAAGAAUACGAGCAUGAGAUGGAGCGGCUGGCGAGGGAAAAAAUUGCCACGCAGCAACGUUUGGCAGAGCUGAAGAAUGAGUUGAGUCAGUGGAUGGAUAUCUUGGAAAUUGACCGGAUAAUCCGCCAGACAGUUCAACCCGAAGAUGAUCAGGCGUCCACUUCAACUGCUUCAGAAGGAGAAGACAAUAUGGAUGAGGACAUGGAAGACAACAGCCCUGUGAAUUCGUUGCCGAAGCUUGUGCAUCGCCAGCAUCCUGAGCUCUUGAAAGCGGUGGCCCCCAUUGCUGCGGCCCAUCGCCCUUCGGUUCUGCCGCUGGCCCAGAAGCAUGUCCCGCCCCACGCCCCGCCCCCCCUCCAGCCCCAAGCCCUGGUCCAGCCCCAGGCAAUUGUCCCUGCACAGACUCACCUCAUGGCGGCCUCCACCGUGCAAUCGACUGUUAUCGCCCAUACGGCCACUACUCACGCCUCCGUCAUUCAGACUGUUAACCAUGUUCUCCCGGGCCCCCAGCCCAAGCACAUUGCCCACCUCGCACCCUCGUCCACCUCCAGCCCAGUCCAGCUGACGACCACGGCUCAGCCCAUCGGCCACAUCACUGUGCACCCGGCCACCCUCAACCACGUAGCCCACCUGGGGCAGCAGCUCCCUCUGUACCCACAGCCCGUGGCCGUCAGCCAGCCUGUGGUGGGCCACAUUGCGCACGCCAUCUCUCACCAGCAAGUGAAUGGAACUGCCAGCCUCGGCCAGCCAGCGGUCAUGGCGAAGCCCGGCGUUGGAACUCAAGUUGUCCACCACCCACAGUUGGUGGGCCAAACGGUCUUGAACCCAGUCACCAUGGUUACCAUGCCCCCUUUUCCCGUAAGCACCUUGAAGCUGGCGUAGAAUCAGCUGCAAAACAACUGGAUAAAGCUCCAUACAUUCCAAGUGUGCCCCAUGGCAGAGAUGUUAGGAGUGAGAGGGUUGGACACACUGACCCUCCGCGAGAGGAUGGCGCAAGAGAGAGGCCGGGGAACAGGCAGAAAUAACCU